GUUUACGUGAACUGCAAUUUAAGCCCAGCUACUUAAUUAUGGUUGGUGCAAGUGCUCUAGAGUCUGGCUAUAAUCAAAUCUACCACUAUGAUGUGUACGUUACAUCGGAUAAAUGUUUUCCAUCAGCUCCGCUACACAUAUUUCAAAAAUACAUGCAGCAAAAGGCUUGUAGUCCCCACACGGAUGUCGCAUCUCUGAUAAAUAUUCCAGAUAAGGAUUCUUGGAAUUCCCUGCGAGCUGGCCUGCAUGUAAUGACUGCAAUAUUACCGACAUUGAUAGGCAUCACGUUAUCGCAGCAGCUUUGCCAACAUUUGCCAUUGCGUUCAACGCGACGCUUUCUAAUGGAGUUCCUGCUGAUUGCCACGCCCACAAUAUGCAGCAAUACGGUGACCAGUGAUUAUAAUGAAUAUUUUUGUGCGUUAGCUGCCAUAUUUAUUGCAUUUCUGCUUUGGCACUCUGGCAUUUGGGGCAGAGCUUCCGCAGCCGCGACUAGUCACUGUUACAAGGUUGGUCAGAGGCCUUCGGCUAUUACGCUGGUGCGCUCUACGGCGUAUGUGUGCACUGGUUGUGCCAUUUUGGCAAUUGAUUUUAAGGCUUUUCCCGUUGAAUGGCGGAAGAGUCGUAGAUAUGGAGCAUCAUUAAUGGAUGUGGGCAUUGGCAUGUUUGUCAUGACAAUGGGCGUGGUAUCGCAUCGUUCCCGGUAUUUCGGUGAUUUGAAAAGGCAGUUUCGAGUGGUGGUGCAAUUGCUGGCGCUGGGCUUGUUACGCACUGCUAUCAUCACAAUGAUAGACUAUCAUCAGGAUGAGUACGAGUAUGGCCAGCAUUUGAAUGCGUUCUUUUGUUUGGGAUUCACAAAACUCCUUGGCAGCAUUGCCAGUCUGUUGGCUCGCUCCAAUCAGCAACUACUUCCGCUAUCUAUGGCUAUUUUGGCGCUCCACGAGUUUCUGUUGCAGCUGGGUCUCUCGGACUUUGUCAUGUCGGAUACGGAUCGCGUUGGCUUUCUACGAGCAAAUCGUGAGGGCCUUAGCGCUCUGCCUGGCUGCGUAGCGCUUUAUCUGGUCAGCAUAUGGGGUGGCGAAUGGUAUAAGUUCCAGGAUAAGCUUAACUAUAAUCAGUUCAUUGCCAAGCUGCGCAACAUGUUGCUCGUGGUCAUUACAGCCUGGACGCUAGUGUUUGUCAGUGUUCAGCUGUUUGGGAUAGCGCGUGUGACCUUUAACGCGGGCUAUGUGCUGUGGUCGUUCAGCGUAGGCGCGACAAUGCUGUUUCUCUACUCGUUCCUGUUUGAGUUCUGUCUGAUGGUGCCAACAGCGGAGCCGGUUGAAGACAAAGCCGAUGAUUCAUUAGCAGCUGACCCUAAACUAGCUAGGCCAUCACGUUUGCCUGCCUUUGCGGAGGCAAUUAAUAUGAACGGUUUAACCUAUUUUAUGCUCUCGAAUCUUCUCACGGGCCUUGUCAAUUUAACGCUGGAGCCAUCAAAACGUAGUAGUGCAGAAUGUGUUACAAUCUUAAUGCUCUACAUGUUGGCUAGCACCGGUACGGUCUAUGUGCUAUUCCGCAAGGGUAUUCGGAUUGCCUAGCGGCAGCUGUGAUAGUAUUUAAA